AUUUUUUAAGAGUGCCAGUUAUCAAGUAAAAAGUUCACGUUCUGAUAUUAAACGAAGAGGUGCUGCGCCAGCAUUUGUGAUCGGUUUACAAGAUCUUGAACUGCACGAAGGUGAUGCUGCUGCAUUAGCAGGAACAGUUGCUAGAAAACGAAGACAUCAUAUCCAUGGGAAAUCAAGCAAGAAACGUGCGACGCAGAUUGUCGCCAUACCAGAUAUUGACGGCGAAACUUCAAACGUUUCCUUGGAGCCACCAGUUUUUACCACUACACUGGAAGAAAUUCGAGCAUUAAUUGCUGAACGCAAUAAAAACGUAUGCCGUCCAAAAUUUAUGGUGAAACCGAAAGCAAAGAAAUCAUUAGCUGAAUACAAAUCUUUACGGUUGAAAACGGCCAUUUCGGCUAAUCCGAUACCAACUGUACGUUGGGAUAAAGCGGGAGUUGUAUUGGAGACCGGUAACAAAUAUUCAAUUUACAACGAUGGUGACUUUUACUAUCUUGAGGUGCAUCAUGUGUCGAAAAUUGAUGAAGGUUUUUACAAUUGUUCAGCAUCAAAUAGUGAAGGUAUUGUAACUUGUACAGCCGAAAUUGUAGUAACACCAAGUGAUGGUACUAAAGAACUACGAAAAGUACCAGUCGCGCCAUCUUUUAUUGAAGUAUUACCUGGUAAAUUAAAGGCAGUAGCCGGAGAAGCAGUAUCAGUUGAGUGUAGCGUGUCAGGUUAUCCCAUCCCAGCUAUAAAGUGGCUUCGAAAUGGUGCUGAAUUUCUGCCUCAACACGAUCACUGCAUCAUAUCAUAUGACGGUGAAACAACCACGUUAAGCUUCCUUAACAUUGCUACAUCAGAUAUUGGAAAAUACAUCUGUGUCGCCAGUAAUCAACAAGGGCAAGCUAAAACAGCUAUGCAACUUGAUGUUGAACUACGAAUGCUUCCUAAAAUAGGUGGUACUCCUCCAAAGUUUUUGUCUGAUAAACAGCCGAAAGAAAUCAUGGUAAUGGAUGGUGAUGAAGUUCUCUUGCAUGCUGAACUGUUGCAAGGCUCGGAACCACUAUCAGUUCGGUGGAUACGAAAUAAAAUGGAAAUUCAAAAUUCAAAUGGAUUCGCUUAUUCACGUAAGGAAGGCAGUUGCCUUUUAACAAUUGCAGAUGCAUUUCCAGAAGAUAGUGGAAUUUAUAUUUGUGAAGCAAGCAAUGAAUUUGGCACUGAUGAAUAUAAUAUUAAUCUUAUUGUUACAGAGCGUAGAAAGAAAAGUGUCUAUGAAAAUCAACCGAUUAUCGAGAAUGCUCCAACAAGUAUUAGCGUUGAACCAGGAAAUGACUUGGAAUUAAUUGUAAAAGUAUCCGGUCAUCCCGAACCAGCUGUUAUUUGGACCAAGAAUUUGAGCCCAAUUACAUCAGGAGCUAAAUACCAGAUGUUCAAUGAUAAGGAAUCGUUCACUUUGAAAAUUAGUAACUGUACCGACGAAGAUGCUGGCAGGUAUGAAAUACAGGCAGUUAACAAUUCCGGUACAGCUACAGCUGUGAUCACCGUCAUUGUUACUGAAGUAGUGAAUCAAGACGCUGUUUUGCCGAAGUUCACUAAGCUGCCAAUUUCAGUUCAAAGUACCAUUGGUCAGAAAGCAAGUCUAAGUUGUAGUUUCAAGGGCUUGAAACCAACGGUAACAUGGUUCCAUGGUAAUGAAAAACUGAUAAGUGGUCGUAACGGUAUUGAAAUCUCAUCAACUGCAACAUCGUCAACUUUGUCAAUUCUUCGAUUGGUGGAAGAACAUUUUGGUGAAUAUCUAUGCACAGUUCGUAAUGAUUAUGGAGAAGAUCUGGCAAAAGCAGUCAUUCUUCUUGAAGGUUCAUCUAUGGCUCUGCCCUCCAAUCGUUGA